GAAAUCCUUCAUUUUGAUCUGGGUCUGGAGGUUGGGAAAAAGAUGGAUGAAGAGUUAUUGGAAUUGCAGCGACAGUUCGAGUUCGCUCAGCAGGUGAAGUCAAGCGUCAGAUUAUCCGAUCGAAACGUCGUCGAAUUGGUUCAGAAGCUUCAGGAGCUUCGCGUCAUCGACUUCGAUCUCCUCCACACCGUCACCGGAAAAGAAUACAUCACUCAGGAGCAAUUGAAGAAUGAAAUCGCUAGCGAGAUCAGUAAACUGGGUCGUGUGUCCGUUAUCGAUCUGGCGGAUACGAUUGGGGUUGAUUUGUAUCAUGUGGAGAAGCAAGCGCAAGAUGUGGUGUUGAGUGAUCCAGGGCUAAUGCUUGUCCAGGGAGAGAUCAUAUCACAAACCUAUUGGGACUCAAUCGCUGAAGAGAUCAACGAGAGGCUCCAAGAAUGCAGCCAAAUCUCUGUCGCCGAGCUUGCUGGUCAGUUACAGGUUGGCUCUGAGUUGGUGCAGUCCGUUUUAGAGCCUCGCCUUGGAACUUUGGUGAAAGCAAGGCUAGAAGGUGGACAGUUAUAUACACCUGCUUAUGUUGCACGUGUUACCGCUAUGGUUCGAGGUGCUUCCAGGGGUAUCUUUGUUCCUUCCAAUUUGUCUGCGUUGUGGACGCCCUUGCAACAGUUGGUUCAAGAGAUGAAUGGAGCUAGCGGAGUCGCUGUUGAGAAUUCUUUUUUUCAGUCUAUAUUCAACCGCCUGUUGAAGGAAGAGGAGAUGCUUGGAUCACUACGUGCUGGCACCCAUUGGACUCCUACUGUUUUUGCAGUUGCUCAAAAGGAAUGCGUAGACUCUUUCUUCUCACAGAAUUCCUAUAUUCCCUAUGAGACGAUGCAGAAGCUUGGCAUUUCUCAAGCCGUGCAGUUCUUACAGUCUAGAUACCCAGAUGGUAAACCUUUAGCUGCUGUGUUUAUUCAUUCCUCGAUGAUUGAGAUGCUGGAUUCAACAACAGAGGACGCUAUUGAACAAGAUAGCUGGAUCGAUUCCCUCUCUGUAUUGCCUGCAUCAUUCACAUCACAGGAUGCAAACAAGAUUCUGCUCCUCUGUCCCUCUGUCCAGUCAGCUCUUAAGGCUGAGAAAGCACUUAUCCUGGGCGAAUCCUAUGUCAUAAGCAGUGGGUUCAUAAAGGGCAUAUAUGAUCAAAUUGAGAAAGAGGCAGAAGCUUUUAGUAUCCAAGCUUCUACUGCUAGUUUGAUAGAUCAUUCAAGCAAAUCUUCAGAGUCGGCAGAAAGUAUUCCUGCUAAUACAGAUAAAGGAUCAAAGAAGAAGAAAGGCAAGUCUGCCAGCAUGAAGACAGCAACCGUCGAAACUGUUCCAGAUGAUGAAGAGGACGCCGCCCGUCCUAAAUCUAAGAGAAACCAAAAGAAAGGCAGGGAUGCAUCGUCACAGAAGUUGGAUUCAAAAGCAGGAGGCAAGAAAGAGUUGGUAAAGGCGCAGGAAGCUAAUAAUAUUAUCCCGCCAGACGAAUGGGUGAUGAAAAAGAUCGUUGACUCAGUUCCUGAGUUUGAAGAUGAUGGAAUGGAGAACCCAGAUUCAAUUCUUAAGCAUUUAGCUGAUCUUAUGAGACCGAUGCUCAUUAAUUCACUGAAGGAGAGAAGAAAGAAGAUCUUCACAGAAAAUGCAGAUAGGAUGAAGCGCUUGAUAGAUGAUCUUCAGAAAAAACUUGAUGAAUCGUUCCUAAAUAUGCAGUUAUACGAAAAAGCGCUAGAGCUAUUUGAAGAUGACCAAUCGACUUCAGUUGUUUUACAUAGGCAUCUGCUGAGAACAACAGCAGCUACAAUUGCUGAUACCCUACUUCAUGAUUUGGACAUCCUCAACAAAUUGAAGAAUGGUAUUGAGGUUGGAGAGUCCAAAGCUCAAGAUCCUGUUUUGCUUGAUUCUUCCGAAAGAACGACCCUUGCUAAAAGUCUCAACGGUUCACUCUCGAAGAAGGCCCUUGCAUUAGUUGAGACAUUGGAAGGGAAGCGUGUAGACGCUUUCAUGACCACAUUCAGAGACCUGGCAGAGGAAAGUGGAUUGGUCUUGAAAAAGCUUGACAAGAAACUGGAAAGGACUCUCCUACACGCAUACCGCAAGGAUUUGACAUCUCAAGUUUCAACCGAAUCAGACCCUGUUGCACUUCUCGCCAAAGUUGUCUCCCUCCUUUACAUUAAGACUCACAAUAAAGCUUUACAAGCCCCAGGUAGAGCUAUCGCUGCAGCCAUUUCACACUUGAAGGAUAAACUCGAUGAAUCUGCGUUCAAAACUUUGAGCGAGUACCACACAGCAACUGUAACUCUACUUGCUCUACUGUCGGCUUCAACCGGGGAGGAAGACGACUGCUCAGCAGACAGAAUCCUCACCAAACGGGAACUCCUCGAGAGUCAAAUGCCUGUCCUUAGAUCCCUUGUCCUGGGAGACUCACAAUCACAACAAUCUUAGUCGCAACGAAGUUAGAUCUUACAGGUUCCUCAACUGUUGUGUUGGUAUACUAUACUGAAACGUAGACAGUAUGUCUUUUGCUUAAUCCAGUUAUGACCGGUGUUAGAAGAUGUUUAUGGUUGCCAGUCGGGAGAUUUUAUAUUUUAAGACACUUCUCUUAUUAAGAUUUACAGAUUUUAUAUAACUAGAUCCAUGAUUACAAGGAAAGAGAAGAAAGAGAGGAAAGCAGAAAAUCACACACCCACACACACUAUUUAUUUCACAUCAUCAGCUUAUUCGUUUAUCUUUUAACAUUCGACAUGUUACAUUCCCUUUAGCCGGAGAUGUCAAUGGACUUGACCUCGGGCUUCCUCUCAGGCACUUUGGGCACCAUAACCGACAACACACCAUUCUCCAUACUUGCUUUCACUUCAUCUAUCUUCGCGUUCUCCGGCAACUUAAACCUCCUCAUGAACUUCCCACUUGACCUCUCCACACGGUGCCACUUGUCACUCUUCUCUUCAUUCUCGCUGCUCCUCUCUCCACUUAUCUGAAGUAUGUUACCGUCUUCAACCUCCACCUUCACUUCUUCCUUCUUCAGCCCCGGCAAGUCUGCCUUGAACACGUGCGCCUCAGGUGUCUCUCUCCAGUCCACUUUCGCGUUUGUGAACGCUGCCACGUCCUUGGAGGUCGCGUUUGUCAUCCCUGAAGGCGUUAGAAACCCUUCGAACGGAUCAUAAAGGUCUAGCGAGAAUGGGUCGAACACGUUUGUUCUUCGGCCACCGAAAAAACUUGGAAUUAGAGACAUCUUUCUCUUCCUAGAUAACUAAGACGCUCUUUCACAAGUUUAUUCUCCUUUACGAUUUAGUUUUGCUUUCUUUUGUUACUUUGAUAGUUCCGAAGCCUGCUUGCGUUUGC